UGGGCGGAGGCCCCUGCCUGACUGCCGCCUUCGCCUUCCUCCGCUUCGCCCCUGGAGCAGCGGGAGGUGAGAAGCGGCCAAGGCAGCGGGCUCAGCCGCCGAGUGGGGAAGGACUUUCUGUCUCUGGGAGUGGGUUCCCACAACACGGCUGACCCAGUCUCGGGAGAAGCACAGAUGACUGGGGAUCCAGCACCAGAUUGCCAAGGGAACCGAGGGCAACGCUAAUUGCACAAGGAGUGCCCUCCUUCAACAAACUUCACCCUCCUUCACAAUGGCUAACAGGCUAAAAUGAAGUACAGGCUUGAAGCAGCAUUCACAACUCACUAUUCCCUGUUACAAGCAGCAUAGGAACAAUUUGGAUUAACUAUGACAGUAUUUGCUACUGCUCUUUGGUUUUGUAGGCAAUUAUGUGCAUACCUAGUUCAUCUCCUGAAAAGGUGCAGCAGAUACCUACAGAGAAUAUUCACAAAUAACCGAAGUGUUUGGGACGAAACUGAUUUGCUCACUUUCUGUGCAAAAGAAUGGAAAGGAGAAACGGAGCAGGCGAAACAAAUGAGAGAGUAUUACAAAACAUUAUUUUGGAGUUACCAUGUGAAAUAUAUCAGACAAGUCAAUGGAGAUAAAUACUGUUUGCUGAGAGCUGUGCUAUUCCAGAUAUUCAGCCAAGGUCUUCCUCUCCCAUCGUGGACUAAGGCUACAGAUAUACUAAAGCUCCCUGAAAAACUUCUUUAUUCACAAGGAUGUAAUUGGAUCCAACAGUACAGCUUCGGAUCACAACGGUAUACAGGUUCAAAUAUACUAGGAAAAUUACGUAAAUGUAUUGAAGCAUUAAAAGGACAGUGGAUGGAAAUCAGUGGUAUUAAAGAUCAAGAUCAAAGGCAGAAUUUUUGCAAUGCUCUUUUUACUGGUGGAAGCAUGGAGCAUAAGUUCUACGAGGCCAUAAAAUUCCUCAUGCUCUAUCAAGUAAUAGAAGCUUAUGAACGCUUGGCCAGUAACCAGGAACGCAUUCCAAACUUUUUUAGUGAUCUUUUCAGACGGGAUACUUCUUUGGAUCCUUUAAGUUAUAUGAUGAAUCAUCUGAACUCAAUAGGAGACAGAAGAGGUCUUGAUCAGAUUGAUCUAUUUCUUCUUGAGCAUUCUCUUGAAGUAAAAAUAAUCGUUUAUAGGUUGUGUAAGAUUAAUACCAAAGAUUUCCUAGAAACAUACGCAGAUGAAUAUCAAAGGGAUCGGCAUGAGGUCCUCCUUCUAACUGAAGAUGACCGUCAUUAUCACAUUCCUGUUGUUAAGAUAUGACUACUUGUCAUAUAUUUCCACAUCAAAUCCUUCUGCAUAAAUUUGUUCAAAUGAAUGGUAUCCUGUAUUUAAGAAAUAUCUUUGCUAAAUAAAAAUAUGUAUGAAACA